GCCCCACGCCCCGGAAGAACAAGCGGGAGCUGGGAAGAUGGCGGCGGCAGCGGGAGGCCCGGCGGGCAGCCCGGUGUGUGUGUUGGUGCUGGGCAUGGCCGGCUCCGGGAAAACCACCUUCGUUCAGUGCCUCGCCGCCCACCUGCAUGGGCAGCGCUGCCCCCCCUACGUGAUCAACCUGGACCCCGCCGUGCACGACCUGCCCUUCCCCGCCAACAUCGAUAUCAGGGACACUGUGAAGUACAAAGAAGUCAUGAAACAAUAUGGGCUAGGCCCAAAUGGUGGAAUAGUGACCUCUCUCAAUCUCUUUGCUACAAGAUUUGACCAGGUGAUGAAGUUUAUUGAAAAAAGACAAAAUGCAUCCAGGUAUGUUAUUCUUGACACACCAGGGCAAAUUGAGGUAUUCACCUGGUCAGCAUCAGGAACCAUCAUAACUGAGGCCUUGGCUUCCUCUUUUCCUUCAGUUGUUGUAUAUGUGAUGGACACCUCUCGCAGUACUAACCCUAUCACUUUUAUGUCCAACAUGCUCUAUGCCUGCAGUAUCCUGUACAAGACAAAGCUACCUUUCAUUGUAGUCAUGAACAAAACUGACAUAAUUGACCACAGUUUUGCAGUGGAAUGGAUGCAGGACUUCGAGACUUUUCAGGAUGCUCUGAAUCAAGAGACCUCCUAUGUCAGUAACCUGACUCGUUCUAUGAGUUUAGUGUUGGAUGAAUUUUACAGUUCACUGAAGGUGGUUGGUGUUUCUGCGGUGCUUGGCACAGGACUGGAUGAGUUUUUUAUCCAGCUUUCUAAAGCUGUAGAUGAAUAUGAGAGAGAGUAUCGUCCAGAAUACGAGCGCCUGAGAAAAACACUGGAGGAAGCUGAAAAUAAACAAAAGAGAGAGCAGCUGGAACACUUGUGGAAGGACAUGGGCAGCGUGUGUGUGCAGGGCAGCACACUGGCAGGACCUGAUGCUUCUGCAAUGGGUCCCUCUGAGCUAAUACUAACACGAGGAACUCUCGAUGAAGAGCAAGAAGAGAGGGAGAGUGACACUGAUGACAUUGACCAUGAAGUGACUGAGGAGAGUCAUGAAGAACCAGCCUUCAGAAACUUUAUGCAGGACAUGCGGAUGAAAUGCCAGAGGAGAAGCAACCCGAAUGAAUGAAACCUUCAGAAACAGAAGUAACUGUUGGUCCGAUGAGUUAAAGGUCUUGCUGCCAACUGACUGCACAUUUGGCCAUCAGCCACUGUGGCUUCCUGAAGCUGAAGGAACCAGAAAGCAGUUUCUUUUCUUGCAAGUUCUUCAGAUCUCUCUGUUGAGAGCUUAGAUUUUGAGCUCUGACAGCAUUAGCAUCCAGAGUACUCACUGGUCCCCAGAGGCACCUUCCAGUUGCUGAGUGCAGUCAGACAUCUGCUGAAGCCAGGGCACAACUUGAUCGGUCCACUGUUUGAUGUUUUGGUUUUCAUUAAAUAGAUUUUACAUACUAAGAAAUGCAUGAU